GUGGGAGUAGAGGCGGCCUGGGGCGCGCUGGCCGGCGGGCUACGGCCGCCACUUUGCCGGGGAGUCACCGCGCUGCGGGUGCCUGAAGAGAUGGAGGGGCCGGGGCUGGGCUCUCAGUGCAGGAAUCACAGCCAUGGUCCCCACCCUCCAGGAUUUGGUCGACAUGGAAUCUCUGCUCAUGAAAACAAAGACCUUGCCAAAGCAAGAGAUGUUCUUCCUCUUAUAGAGGACUCUAGUAACUGUGACAUUGUCAAAGCUACUCAAUACGGGAUUUUUGAACGCUGUAAAGAGUUGGUAGAAGCAGGAUAUGAUGUCAGGCAACCAGACAAAGAAAAUGUAUCACUUCUUCAUUGGGCUGCUAUUAACAACAGGCUGGAUCUUGUAAAGUUUUAUAUUUCAAAAGGUGCUGUUGUAGAUCAGUUGGGUGGAGAUUUAAAUUCAACUCCUCUUCACUGGGCCAUUCGACAAGGGCAUUUACCCAUGGUCAUAUUAUUACUCCAGCAUGGUGCAGAUCCUAGUCUCAUUGAUGGAGAGGGAUUCAGCAGCAUUCACUUAGCAGUAUUAUUUCAGCACAUGCCUAUUAUAGCAUAUCUCAUCUCAAAGGGACAGAGUGUGAAUUUGACAGAUGUAAAUGGGCAAACACCUCUCAUGUUAUCAGCUCACAAAGUAAUUGGGCCAGAACCAACUGGAUUUCUUUUAAAGUUUAAUCCUUCUCUCAAUGUUGUUGAUAAAAUACACCAAAACACUCCACUUCACUGGGCAGUUACAGCAGGAAAUAUUAAUGCAGUUGAUAAACUUUUGGAAGCUGGUUCUAGUCUGGAUGUCCGAAAUGUUAAGGGACAAACUCCUCUUGAUAUGGCUCUGCAAAACAAAAACCAGCUCAUUAUUCAUAUGCUAAAAACAGAAGCCAAAAUGCGAACUAACCAAAAGUUCCGACUUUGGAGAUGGCUACAGAAAAGUGAGAUUUUCUUGCUGCUGAUGCUUUCUGUGAGUACCAUGUGGGCUGUUGGAUACAUAUUGGACUUCAAUUCAGAUUCUUGGCUUUUAAAAGGAUGUCUUCUGGUAACAUUAUUCUUUCUGACAUCUUUGUUUCCAAGGUUCUUGGUUGGAUAUAAGAACCUUGUAUACGUACCAGCAGUUUUUCUGCUAAGUUCCAUUUUCUGGACAUUUAUGACUUGGAGUUUGAAUGAAACAGACAUGUACCUUACUGACAAGUUUGGAGUUAUGGCUAAGACUUGGGAAAGAAAUGGAUCAAACCCAGUGCCUCACACAUGUGAGGCAAGCGCUCUGCCACUGAGCCACAACCCCAGCCCUAGAUGCAAUUUUUUAACAAAAGAUCAUGACCAGUCAGAUACUCCUUUCUAUUUUGCUUUCAUUUUCAGCGUAAUAGCCUUUCUGUACUUUUUUUAUAAGACUUGGGCAACUGAUCCAGGCUUCACUAAAGCUUCUGAAGAAGAAAGAAAAGCGAAUAUCAUCACUCUUGCAGAAACUGGCUGUCUGGAUUUCAGAACAUUUUGUACAUCAUGUCUUAUAAGGAAGCCAUUAAGGUCACUCCAUUGCCAUGUGUGCAACUCUUGUGUGGCUCGAUAUGAUCAACACUGCCUGUGGACUGGACGGUGUGUAGGUUUUGGCAACCAUCACUAUUACCUGUUCUUCUUAUUUUUCCUUUCCUUGGUAUGUGACUGGAUUAUAUAUGGAUCUUUCACCUAUUGGUCAAAUCAUUGUGCUACAACAUUCAAGGAAGAUGGCCUAUGGACCUACCUCAAUCAGAUUGUGGCCUGUUCCCCUUGGGUUUUAUAUAUCUUCGGGGUAGCAAUUUUCCAUUUCUCAUGGUCAACAUUUUUAUUAAUAAAUCAACUCUUUCAGAUUGCUUUUCUGGGCCUGACCUCCCAUGAGAGAAUCAGCCUGCUAAAGCAGAGCAGGCAUAUGAAACAGACCUUGUCCCUUAGGAAGACACCUUACAACCUUGGAUUCACACAGAACCUGGCAGAUUUCUUUCAGUGUGGCUUCUUUGGCUUGGUGAAGCCCUGCGUAGUAGAUUGGACAUCCCAGUACACCAUGGUCUUUCACCCAACUAAAGAGAAAGUUCUUCGCUCCGUAUGAAGAAAAGCAACUCAAAACUCGGACUCAGAUUUGUUUCUGUUUACGUCAGUGCCCUGUGGUCUGAAAGUGAAGUGGAAUUUAGAAUUGACCUAAGCCCAAGGAAAAUAACAAGUAGUUUUAAAGCCAUUUGGCAGAACAGUUCCCAAUAAAUGCAUAUAGUCUUUCAAACUUAGAAAAAUGGACUGUUCCAGAACAAUUUUGGAAGACAUCUUUAAAAAACAUAUUUUUCACAAGAAAAUUAAAGUUAACUUUUUUGGAGAUAAUAUUCACUAAUUAUGGAUAAAAUAGAGUAUUUUCAGAUACAGUAUUGGCUGUUUCAAAAUAGUACUAUUCUUUAAACUUGUAAUUUUUGAUAAGUUAUUGUCUUUGUUCUAUUAAUGUGUAAAGAAUAUUUAAAUAUA